UAUAUAUAUAUUUUUUGGUUGCUUUUAUGUUUUCGUGACUUUUUGUUACUUGGGUUCUUAUACCGAAUUCUAGAGUGAUCUUUUCUUUUCAGAUCCUGACGAUUUUACAAUGAUUUUUCUCCAGCAACCUCCUUUCGAUAUUUGUUGCUCUUAGCUUGCAAGAGCUUACUUAGGUAGGGUCGAAGGAUAUUUUGAGGGUUAUACUUCUGUCUGUGUCCUUUUUAAGGAUUUAGAUAAGGUUGAAGGGUUUCGAAAUGAUCCUGCCUUUUUGGUGCUUAAACCAUUUUUUUCGGCCCUUAUUGAGAGUACCGUGUUAUUUUAUGACUCAUUUCCUACUUUUUGCUUGUAUUUUUUGCACCGUAAAUUUUUUUUUUGAGUCUUUUGUUUGGAAGCCCACUCAUUUUCAGUGUUUUAAUCCUCACAAUCCUUUUCUUAUUUGAUUAAAAAAACACAAAAAAAGGCAGCCCAACAAUAUACUUAAAUUCAACUAGAAGAAUCCUACAAAUUUAAAGUAAAGAAAAAUGGGCCCAAUAAGUGACCCAACCCAAUAUAGUCUCGACACAACGCCCAAUUUUUUGGCAGGAAUGGGCCGGCCCAAUAUAUUCUUGACACGUACGUGACUGGAAACCGGAAAUCGUGGCGCAACCCUUCCCCUACGUUGGUUUUCACGUUUUCCUCCAUUAAAAAAAAAUAUAUAUAUAUAACCCCCGGAAUUUUAGAAAUUGUGAAAUAGCAAGUGGCGGAGUGGUAGUGAGCGGGAUAGUGGUACUAUUACUAUUCUAUUCCAGAAAAUGGAAUUGGCUAGCUGCUGCUCCUCCUCCUCCUCCGUCUUGAGCAUCAAAUACCGAAGCAUCCCCUCGAAGAACGUGAGUAGAUGUUAUUAUAGAUUCAAAUACUCUCCGGCUGCGUCGGGAAAUGGAUUCACUGCGGCAGGGAGGCCCUUCUCUCCGGCGACAAGGAUGGUUUCGAGCAGCCAUGUCUCUGGAGAGCGAGGCAGCAGCUUCAGAUUCACUUACAGGAGGCAGGAUUCCUGUUUGGUAAUUGCUCCGCCCAAGGGUGUGAAGCCACGCGCCAUCAUCGAAUUCUUGGGCGGUGCGUUCAUUGGAGCGGUCCCUGAAGUCACCUACGGGUACCUAAUGGAGCGAUUGGCGGAUGAAGGGUUUGUUGUUGUUUCAGUGCCUUACAAUGUGACUUUUGAACAUUCACAGGCUGCUGCGCAGGUUUACGAGAAGUUCAACGCCUGCUUCCGUUCAAUCGUCUCCUCUGGAUUGCCCCAUGCCAAUUUAACAUCUGCCCAGCUCGUUGAUCUUCCCCUUUUCUCUGUCGGCCAUAGCAAUGGCGCGCUUCUCCAAUUACUCAUGGGAAGCAAUUUCUCCGAUAUGAUACCAAAGGCUAAUGCCGUAAUCUCAUUCAACAACAGGCCAGCAACAGAGGCAGUGCCUUACUUUGAACAGUUGGGUCCUCUAGUUCGUCAGAUGAUGCCAGUUAUAGAAUCAUCUCCAGUCUAUUCAGUGGCUAGGAGUGCCUCAGGAGAUGCAUGGAAGAUGCUACUUGAUGUGGCUGGAGCAAUGAUAGCAGAGGGUGAUCAGGAAUCCCUAAUUUCAAUGACCAACUUUGUUGAUCAGUUGCCAUCAGUGCUAAAUCAGGUUACUCAAGGGACAUCAGAGUUCAAGCCGACACCAUCUGAAAAUCGUGAUUGUUUUAAGAGCUCAUACAAUGUCCAACACACACUAUUGGUGAAGUUCAACUCUGACACAAUUGACGAGACGGAUCUUCUUGAAGAGACAUUGAAGCCUCGUGUGAACGUCAUUGGUGGGACACUAGAAAAGGUCCAAUUGAGCGGUAACCAUAUCACACCAUGCAUACAGGAACCAAAGUGGGAAGUCGGUUAUGUGUAUACUCCAGCUGAUGCGAUUGCUCAGGGGCUUAAAACUCUUUCAUUGAAUGAGACUAAAGUGCUUUCCAGAACCAUAAGCGACUGGUUCAGGCGUUUUGAAGAUUGAAAAUAUAAUUUCGUUAUGUUGUACUAAUGUUGAGUUACCUAACAACUCAUGCACUAAGAUAUAGAAGCUUCUAAAAGGAAAAAAGAUUUCUUCCAAACUGGGUUGAAAGAAGUUCUCCCGAAAGAAAACUCUUUUUGUUUAGAAGCACUUGGCUUUAAUGAGAAAUUUAUCAAUAGGAUUCCUGCAUACAACUU